CGACGGCGCGCGCUCCCCCACUGCUUUGUAGGCGUUCUGCGAGCUGCCAGCUGUUGCCGUGAACGGCCGCAACCAGCGAACGGCUGCCAGCGCUACGCCAGCGCCGAGGUGCUCUCCAAAGCUUCAAAAAGCCAGGCAGUCGACCGCCGCGCCGUCGCCGCGCGCGCGACAGAUCAAGAGAUAGUUAAAAAAGCAGCCAUGCUCGCCGACGCCUACGACUGUGUGGUAUUCGACUGCGACGGCGUGCUGUGGUCCGGCGGCGAGACCGUCGCGCAAGCCAAGGCGACGCUCGACGCCUUGAAGGCGCAAAACAAGAAGGUCUACUUCAUGUCGAACAACUCCUCGCGGGGCCCGGACGUCUUCCGCCAAGUCUUUGAAUCGCACGGGUUAGGAGAACACGUAAAAGACGAGCGCUUCAUGUGGAACAGCGUGACGGCCGCGCAGCGCUGGUUCAAGGGGCGCAAGACGAAGAAGGCCUAUGUGGUCGGCUGCGCGGCGCUCAAGGACGCAAUCAGAGGUGCUGGUGUGACUGUGGUCGAACCUUGGAAACAGAUGGGCGCGACACCAGAAAAACUUGCGGAGGAGGCGAUCGAUCCGGCGAUAGACGCCGUCGUUUUAGCUUUCGACAAGGACUACGGGUACUUUGAGAUCUGCUACGCGACCCGGUGUUUGCUGGAGAACAACGCAGAAUUGGUGGCGACCAAUAGAGACUUCCAGUUCCCGGCGCAGAAGAAUAGAAAACUACCGGGCAACGGCGCCUUCGUCGCGGCGGUCUGCGCCGCGUCGCGCCGGGAGCCGGACGUCGUCGUGGGCAAGCCUAGUCGCUUUGCAUUGGACGCGAUCGUCGCGGACGCCGGGGUUUCGGCACGAAGGACGCUGAUGGUCGGCGACAUGUGGUCCGACGUGGAAUUCGCGCACAACGCCGGCUGCGACGCUUUACUUGUGUUGUCGGGCGUCGCGUCCCUCGAUGACGCGCGGCGGUGGUCUGGUAUCACGCGGCCGGACUUCGUCGCUCCCGAUUUGACGGCGCUGCUCCGGCCCGUUGAGCGGUUCCCACCGGCGCCGUCGUCGUCAUCGCGGCGGUGGCUUUUGCCUUCUAUCGUCGCGGCGGCGGCGGUCGCCUUUCUUGUUUCGCGGCGGCGGGGGGGCGCGCCCCCGGACCGGUCCGACCUCGACGACGCGACGCGCUGGCUGACGGCGAAGUAAAUUUCUCAAUGCAGUC